AUGCGAGUGCAUAUGCAGGAUGAGGGAACACCAAACUACAUUGCCGAAGUUCAAGCUAGCGGCCAACCUGCAUACGGCCUUCCCAAUGGACGUUCGCGUGGCGUUACUGUAUUGGUUGGAGUCGGACAGGGGGGGUUUUAUCCCGCACUGACAGCCGACCCAUCAUCUGCAGCAUGA